AGGGGAAAGGAGCCUCCGGUCUGGUUAACACAGACUGAAAGUGCUGCAGUGACACUCAGCCCUCCAGUGCUGCGGAGAGGCAGAGCGGCGCGCGGCACCUGUCCGAGGCGGAGAGCCUGGACGCGGGCGCCGGGGCGGCCGUGGAACAGAAGGGAUCGCCGUGGUGCGCGUCCGUGCUCAGCCCGCCAGGGGACGCGGAGGAAAUGCGGACUGUGUAGAGAUGAGCGACACUUAUCUCCGAUGUUGGAUAUUUGUUUGGAAAGACGUGUGGGUACGACCUUGGCUGCCCCAAAGUGUAGCUCCAGCGCUGUGAGGCUUCAAGGGUUGGCCGACGGGACCAUGAAAAUGGACAUGGAGGACGCAGAUAUGACUCUGUGGACAGAGGCUGAGUUUGAAGAGAAGUGUACAUACAUUGUGAACGACCACCCCUGGGACUGUGGGGCCGACGGAGGGACUUCAGUUCAGGCAGAGGCGUCUCUACCAAGGAAUCUGCUUUUCAAAUAUGCCACGAACAGCAAAGAGGUUAUUGGAGUAGUGAGUAAAGAAUACAUACCAAAGGGAACACGUUUUGGACCUCUAAUAGGUGAAAUCUACACCAAUGAUACUGUUCCUAAGAACGCCAACAGGAAAUAUUUUUGGCGGAUCUAUUCCAGAGGGGAGCUUCACCACUUCAUCGAUGGCUUCAAUGAGGAGAAAAGCAACUGGAUGCGCUAUGUGAAUCCUGCACACUCUGCCCGGGAGCAGAACUUGGCUGCAUGUCAGAACGGGAUGAACAUCUACUUCUACACCAUUAAGCCCAUCCCUGCCAACCAGGAGCUUCUUGUGUGGUAUUGUCGGGACUUUGCAGAAAGGCUUCACUACCCUUAUCCUGGAGAGCUGACAAUGAUGAAUCUCACACAAACGCAGAGCCAUCCGAAGCCGCCGAGCACCGAGAAAAGUGAACUGUGCCCCAAGACAGUCCCAAAGAGAGAGUACAGCGUGAAGGAAAUACUGAAAUUGGACUCCAACCCCUCCAAAGGAAAGGACUGCUACCGCUCCAACAUUUCACCCCUCCUCCCGGAAAAGGACACGGACGACUUCCGAAAAAACGGGAGCCCCGAAAUGCCUUUCUACCCUCGGGUCGUUUACCCGAUCCGGGCCCCUCUGCCGGAGAGCUUUCUGAAAGCCUAUGGGAUGGAGAGGCCGACCUACAUCACUCACUCCCCCAUCCCGUCCUCCACGACCCCGAGCCCCUCGGCGAGAAGCAGCCCCGACCAAAGCCUCAAAAGCUGCAGCCCGCACAGCAGCCCAGGGAACACCGUGUCGCCCCUGGCGCCCUGCCCUCCAGAGCACCGGGACUCCUACGCCUACUUGAACGCCCCUUACGGCCCCGAAGGCUUGGGCUCCUACCCCGGGUACGCGCCGGCCCCGCACCUGCCCCCCGCCUUCAUCCCCUCCUACAACGCCCACUACCCCAAGUUCCUUCUGCCCCCCUACGGCGUGAAUUGCAACGGCCUGGGCGCCAUGGGCAACAUGGGAGGCGUGGGCAACCUGGGCCUCUUCCCCCGGCUGUACCCCGUCUAUGGCGGCCUCCUGGGCGGCGGCGGCCUGCCGCACCCCCUGCUCAGCCCGGCCUCCCUGCCCAGCUCGCUGCCCUCGGACGGAGCCCGCAGGCCGCUGCAGCCCGACCACGCGCGCGAGGUGCUCGUCCCGGCGCCGCACAGUGCCUUCUCCCUCCCUGGGGCGGCCGCCAGCAUGAAGGACAGGGCGAGCAGCCCCACCAGCGGGUCGCCCACGGCGGGCACCGCCGCCUCGGCGGAGCACGUGGUGCAGCCCAAAGCUACCUCAGCGGCGCUGGUGGCCCCCGGCAGUGACGAAGCCAUGAAUCUCAUUAAAAACAAAAGAAACAUGACGGGCUACAAGACGCUGCCCUAUCCCCUGAAAAAGCAGAACGGCAAGAUCAAGUACGAAUGCAACGUGUGCGCCAAGACGUUUGGCCAGCUCUCCAAUCUGAAGGUCCACCUCAGAGUGCACAGCGGAGAACGGCCUUUCAAAUGCCAGACUUGCAACAAGGGCUUUACUCAGCUGGCCCACCUGCAGAAACACUACCUGGUACACACGGGAGAGAAGCCACAUGAAUGCCAGGUUUGCCACAAGCGAUUUAGCAGCACCAGCAAUCUCAAGACCCACUUGCGACUCCACUCUGGAGAGAAGCCCUACCAGUGCAAGGUGUGCCCUGCCAAGUUCACCCAGUUUGUGCACCUGAAACUCCACAAGCGCCUACACACCCGGGAGCGGCCCCACAAGUGUGCCCACUGCCACAAGAGCUACAUCCAUCUCUGCAGCCUCAAGGUCCACCUGAAGGGGAACUGUCCUGUGGCCCCCGCCACCGGGAUCCCUUUGGAGGACCUGACCCGGAUCAACGAAGAAAUCGAGAAGUUUGACAUCAGUGACAACGCUGACCGGCUAGAGGACAUGGAGGACAACAUUGAUGUGACCUCCAUGGUGGAGAAAGAAAUUCUGGCUAUGGUCAGAAAAGAGAAAGAAGAGACUGGCCUGAAAGUGUCUUUGCAAAGAAACAUGGGGAAUGGACUCCUCUCAGGGUGUAGCCUUUAUGAGUCAUCAGACCCGUCCCUCAUGAAGUUGGCUCACAGCAACCCACUACCUCUGGGGCCUGUAAAGGUCAAACAGGAAACAGUAGAACCAAUGGAUCCUUAAGAUUUUCAGAAAACAAAAAGUGUUUUGUUUCUUAACUUAUGACUUGGCAAGUCAGGGUGCCUGUAGCGAAUACUUGUACAUAACUCCAGUGCUGCAAAGCUCUCCUGACGGCAGAGGGUUUCCCCUCACAUCUCUGGAAUAAAAGAAGGAACUCCAAAGUUACUGAAAUCUCAGGGCAUAAAUGAGGCAAAGACGAUAUAUAUACAUAUUAUAUAUACUUAUUUACACCCCAUCUAUAUAUUUGAACCUGUGUAUUUUGAAUAUUUGUGUGGAUAUGUUUGCAUAGCCUUCCCAUUGCUAAGACUAUUGCCUAGCCAUAAUUAUUUUUUCAAUGAUAAUCCUUCAUAAUUUAUUACACAGUUUAUCGUUCAAAAAGCAAUAAUUAAAAAAGUUUACAAUGACUGGAAAAAUUUCUCGUAAUUUGAGUUAUAAAUGUUAUAGUUUUGUCUCGUGGCCAUUCCUUGUAGAUAAUUUCUGCACAUCCGUUUAAGUACUUAAGAUUUAGUAAACAAAUACAUUACUUCAGUUGACCUCCCUCUGUAAUAAUGGUUUGAAAAUGAGGUUUGGUGUUGCCAAAGUUAGACAGUUGAUGUGUUAAUUCUUAAGAUCUGUCCUUUGAACAGCAUUGUAUAACUUGGGGGGAUGUAUGCAGAAUUACCCACUAAUAACUUAGGUAGGAGAAACAAGAAAGGGAAUCUUGUAUGUUUCCAUAAGGUAGUUCAGAUUCUCCCCCCCCCCCCCAAGUCAUUGAUUUACCAGAAAGGAGACAAGGCUUUGCCAACCUGUCUUCAUCUCCAAAAUGCAGGGACACCCCACCCCAAAGUCAUGUGACCACCACAUUCAGAGUGGUCACAUGACAUGCAUCCCAGUGUAUUAUCUGAAAAUGUGAAUAAAACAAAAUGCCAUGUUUAAAACCACCACAAAAUGUUCCCAAAGCACAGGUGGUUUUGUAUGUGUGAGGUUCAGGGCUUGAGUCUGGGUGUUGUUGUUACUGGGGUUUUUUGUUGUUGUUGUUAUGUCAAAAUUGCACAAACAUGGUGCUCUACCAGGAAGGAUUUGAGGUAGAUAGGCUCAGGCCACACUUUAAAGACAAAAAACCGAAAAACGGGUAUUCUUGUUGUCUUAGGAUAAAAGCAGGCAAUGCGUGUUCCUAAUCCCAACACAUCAAUUGUAUUUUUUUCUGUAAGACUCAGAUUUUCCUCAGUAUUUGUCUUUUUACAUUUUUGUGGUUAAUUUAAUUAAAGAUGAAAGGGCAUUGCAAAGUUGUUCAACAACAAUUACCUCAUUGAGUGUGUCCAGUAGUGCAGGUAAUGAUGUCUUAUCUAAUGAUUUGCUACUCUAGAGGAGAAACUAAGCGUGCUCCAGAAAGAUAGAAUGUGUGCCAUUCUGUCUUUUACUCUGCUAAGCCCAAAGAUUACAUGUCAGCAUUCAAGGUGUAGCGAAGAAUGAUGUAUAUUUAUAAAUCUAUUUAUACCACUAUACCAUGUGUAUAUAUAUUUAUAACCACUUAAAUUGUGAGCCAAACCAUGUAAAAGAACCUACUUUUCCUAAGGGCAAAAAAGAAAAAGACCAGUCCUUUCUGAGAUUUUGCUUAACACCUGACCUCACAAUCACAUUGGUGAGCUUGGGCACCCCGUCACCAUUGUAAGAGACCCUAAAACAUUGGUGCAAAGGUGGGGGACUGCAUAACAACAGGGAGAGAGAGUCCUCAUUUUCCACCACUAAGGACAAUCUAAGAUGGCUUUGUUUUUAUUUUGCCACAUUAUGAGUCUGUGGUCACACCCAAGUCCCAGAAAUAGUCCCAUUACUCGCUUUACCACUGUUAGCUUUUCUCUCUCUUCAUUUCCUUCCUUCCUAAAUAACUGAUGCAUCACUAAUCAACCUGGUUUAUAUAAUCAGCCUUUUAUUGAUGGCAACUAAUGUCAACCUGCAGAAAAGAAGAACAAAUUUAGGAUAACCCAGGGAAACCUAAGAGCCUUACAGAUCUGUUCCUGUCACUAGCAAAACUGACAAUUUCUUUAUGGAUCAGAGUUUGACAAACACAGUCCUUAACUGUAGGUAAACCAAAGCACCAUGCUCUGACACUGACACCAAAUACUUUCUAUUGUGCUCCUUUGUUCUUUGUCCCUUUUGUGCUUUCUUAUUUGUGGGAAUUUUUACCAAGACCUGAGACUUGAUUCUCUUUACCAUUUGACUUCCCCUUGUAGGCCUCUUACAUGUGAAUGUUGAGCCCACAAUCAACAGUGGUUUUACUUUUUUUCCUCUAAUCAAAGUUAAAACUGACCAAAGUUAUUGGCUUUUUACUUUGCUAGAACAACAAACUAUCUUAUGUUUACGUACUGGUUUACAUUGUUAUUUAUGUGCAAAUUGUCAAAAUGUAAAUUAAAUAUAAAUGUUCAUGCUUUA